AUGAUCACUAUACCAAUGGCUAGUGAGAAGCCCAUCAACCUCACAUCAGUGGAACCAGAAGCCACCUCUCCUGGACGAAGUAGUUCUCCAGCGCUCUCCUCAUCAUCCUCAUCAUACUCUUCAACCGCCCUCUCACCUGCGUCCUUUUCUUCAUCUCACUCUUCAGCAACCGCAUACUCGCCCGUCAUCUCGCCUUCAGAAGAUUACCACCGGCCUCACACCAAUAUGCUGAAAGUGGCUACCCAACCAGCGGUAUACCCAAGCGUGCCCUCGAUAGCACCGCCUCUAACACCCAUCCGAAACCAAGUUGGUCCCAAUAUUAACAAGAGACCCAAACUAUCUCUCCAAACGUCCUGUGUUCCUGUCACCUUUGGCAAAUCAUCAACUGCACUAUCCUUGACUGUUUCGAGCAAUAGUUGUCAAUCCCCUACCAACAGGAACACCUUCAAAAACGCCUACGAAUCAUUCCACCGUGUCAACUCACCAGUAUGUCGGUCACCUCUAAAAGGCCCAUCAAGGAAUCGCCAGCGUGCGCCGUCAUCACCUGCAAGGGCAGGACCUGUCCGGGCUGCAGAGCCGCCUUACAAGCUUCCAAAGGGCAUACGGGGAAUUUUAAGAAACUCACCCAUCCCAUCACCCGCUCAGGCUGAAGAACAACUUGGGAGCCCAGAAGCGACAGCGUCAACGCCAUCUACAAAACGAGUGAAAUAUCGAUACCCACUUGACGAGAUCAUAAAGACAGUCAAGUUUACCGCUAAACACUCCGACAUUGAAUCGACAGAUGCCUCUGGGACGAGUUCCCCGCUCGACACAUACACAUACAGUUCGUCGGAGGAAGAUUCCGAUUCCAGCGACUCCGCAUCCAGCGGAGCAACUCCGUCAGAAGACGAGUCAGAGAAUGCAGUCAAGUCACCUAAGAGAACAAGGAAGCAGACCCGAUCAAAACAUAAGAGUUUUCGCAGCGAGAGACAAAUCCUUGCAGCCGGUGUCCGAGAUGGCCUAUUGCCCUCUCGGGAAGACAGCUUACCUCCACAAACGCCUAUACACCAACGGACCGUCCAGCGGGAAUGGCGGUGGACUCUGGGGCCGAUAAAAGAUGGCUAUGUUCAGUCUUCGAGUCCUCCAAGCUCCGAUCUCGCAACACCCCCUGCAGAGGCAUCGUACGAGGUACCUUCAACGCCACAUACCGAGAAGAAGAACGAUGAAGCCCCCCUAGCCUUUGCUGACAUGACGCCUCCGCCGUCUCAAGGCUCCGGGAUAUGUUCCAGCCCGGUUGUCAAGCCGGGCUCUUUAAGGCUGACAUGUUGA